AUGUCCGCCAACUCGCUGCCUCGCCCGUCGCGGCCCUCGAUCGCUCCGCCCACCGGUCCCUUGCCCUCGCUGCCCGUCCCCAAGUCACGGAGCUCCCAUGUCGGUCCGACGACGCGCAGCUCGCUGCUCCCCGGCGCCGCCAGCACACGCGCUGUGUCGUCGUCGUCGCUGCCCUACCGCCCGACGUCGAAGCAUCUGACGUCUCCCUCGGUGCCCUCGUUCCCGCCCGACGCUGGCGCGGCCGGCUCGCUGCCCGUGGGCAAGUCGCUGCGCAAGACGGUCAGCAUCGGCUCCUUUCCCCAGCCGCCCAGGCACGGCGGACGCUCCAAUCCCACCAGUCCGCUAUCCACCAGCUCCACGCCCGGCGGAGACACGGUCGACCGGAGGCUGUCGUCGAUAUCCAAGGGCCCAGCGCCCGCCCGGAGCAACAGUCUGAAGAAGCCGCGGAGCUCCAACAUGGGCGGCGCGCGAGGCCUGCUCCCCAAGUCGCCCCUGUCGCCCCCGAGCCUGCUCAACGGCAGCGCCGACUCCGUCACCGUCGAGACGGCCCAUCUCAGCCUCCCCUCGCCGCCCCAGAGCCGCACCUCUUCGCCGCAGGGCUCCUACGCCACCAGCGCAACCACAUUCGAAGACGGGGACGACGGACGCGCCGACGCCAAGGCACCCAAGGACGGCAAAGGCAAUGUCAUUGUCAGCGUCCGCGUCCGCCCCGAUGCCGGCGCCAAGGAACCCAAACACGACGUCGAGUGGCAAGUCAACAACAAGCAGGCCCUGAUCGCCUACAAGGGCAAGGAGGGCGGAGACUACAUUUACGACAACGUAUUCGAUACUCAAGACAACAACGCGCGCGUGUACGAUGCUGCAGCCAAGCGACUCGUCCGGAGGGUCAUGGAGGGCUAUCACGGCACCGUCUUUGCCUAUGGCAUGACGGGAACCGGCAAGACCUUCUCCAUGCAAGGAACUGCGACGAACCCCGGCGUCAUACCCCUGGCCAUCACCGACAUAUUCUCCUACAUCCGGGAGACGCCCCAGCGCGAGUUCCUCCUGAGGGUCAGCUACAUCGAGAUCUACAAUGAGAAGAUUAUCGAUCUGCUGGCGGGGCCCGUCGUGGGCAUCAACGGCCAGACCGGGCCCGUGGAAGAGAUCAAGCUGCGCGAGGACAGCAAGCGUGGCGUCUAUGCGUCGCCGCUCAAGGAAGAGAUUGUGCAGAGCCCGACCCAGCUCCUGAGGGUCAUCGCCCGGGGUGACAAUUCGCGAAAGGUGGCGGGCACGCAGUUCAACGCGCGCAGUUCCCGGAGUCACGCUGUCGUCCAGAUCGUCGUCGAGAGCAGGGAACGCGCUCCUGGCCCUGCAAUGAACGGCGACAAGCGCUCAGCCAUUGUCCCGGGCGGCGUCCGUGUUUCGACGCUCAGUCUGAUCGAUCUGGCUGGCUCUGAAAAGGCGGCGGACAACAAGGAGCGGCGGACAGAGGGCUCCCACAUCAACAAGAGCCUGCUCACCUUGGGCACAGUCAUUGGCCGCUUGGCUUCGGACAAGGACAAGUCGGAAAAGGACAAAGGAAAGGGCGACAAGCACUUGCCGUACCGAGACAGCAAGCUCACCCGACUUCUCCAGCCCGCCCUGUCCGGAAACUCGCUCGUCAGCAUCCUCUGCACUAUCCAGAUCGGAGCCAGCGGGAGUCCCGCUGCUGUCAACAGCCACACGGGCGAGACGCUGAACACGCUCAAGUUCGCUUCUCGAGCCAAGAACAACAUCGUCAGCCACGCCAAGAAGGCCGACGAGUCCAUGGGCGCUGCUGGGGAUGCCGGCAGCCGAGCACUUCUGGAUCGCUACCGCCUGGAGAUUGAGGAUCUGAAAAAGCAGCUGGCAGAAGGCAAGAACAAGGAGCCCAAGGAAGAAGAAGACGACGAGCUGAAAAAGGACAAAGAGGAAGAGAAGGCGCGCGAGUUGGAAGACAAGCAGCGUCAUGAGGAGCAGAUGCUUGAAAUGCAGCUCGCCCGGACUGCCCUGAAGGAGCGGAUUGAGCAUCUCAACAGGCUGAUCUUGAGCUCCAAAUCGCUCGGCGUGAACAACGGUCGGUCCUUCUCGUCAAUGAGCUUCCAGCGCGGUUCCGUCAUGAGCAAUCACCACGACAUGCGCCCCAGCUCCAUACGCUCCUCGGCAAGCCACGCCACCCUCGAAGUCCCAGGCAAAAGACAGAGCACGCCACAUCUCCACAUGGACGGCUCCGAGGAAGACGACUCGGUCGGGGAGAACGGAGACGGCAUUGCGAGUCAGACCGUGCAGAUCCAAGCCCUGCAGGCUGACCUUGCGGAUAAGAACCGUUACAUCGCGACCCUUGAGAAGCGCCUUUUGCAUGCCCGGCGCUCCAGCCAUUCUCGAGUUUCCAUGUCCUUGUCGCACAAACUCACAAACAGCGAGGAGGGCGGCAUGAUUGCGGCGCUUGCCGAGAGAGACAACGAGAUAGUCAACUUGCGGGCGCAGCUGGAAGACAAGGAGCGCAUGAUUGGCGCCCUCACGUCGGCUCGCAAGAAGAACGACAACGCACACGAGAUGGGCAGCGAGUCGCCCGGCAGCCGGCGUACUUCGGGCUACCAACGCAGCGGCAGCGACGGCAGUGGAGUCAGUCUUCUGCCCAAGGGUCCCACAUCGCCCGCGCUCAGCGUGAAAGCGCCAUUCCUGCCUCCACCAGCUUCCAAUGGCUCAACCAAGAACAUCGAGGAGAUGACGCGUAUGCUCGACGAGAUGAUAACCGGCCGCGUCGAGAAGACUGCAAGGCGAAGCAGUCUCAGGCCCGUCACCGAGGGACCAUGA